AAAUGAUUUCAAAUACUACAUCUUAUCUUUGUGCAAUGAAUCAGGGAGUAUGUCGUGUACCUACAAUUUCAUGGAAGAAGCUUUUCCAUUUUGGAAACCUGUUUCCUUACUUCAGAAACAUGAAGGAAAAUAUCCUUUUCCAUGCCUGUUUUCUCAUUUUUGUGUCCAUUCUACAGUGGUUUCCUAAUUAUAUCCAACAUAAUCAUAUGUACAAAUGGAUCCCUGUUCUACAUUCACCCCAAUGAUAUUGGAAUGGGUGGAGUUUAGGUGGGUAGUGGGAAAGAGGGAUAAAAGCUAAUUGAUAGUGGAUUAGUGGCUAGACUUCCUAUUAUCAGAGAUAAUAUUGUCAUUUCAGUGUAUAUACAUACAUAAAUGAGGUUGAUUUAUCAAUAAUAAGUGUUUUAAACAUAUAAAUAGGGGUUGAUUUAUUAAUAAUUAGUGUUUUAAACAUACAAGUAAGGUUCUUAUAGAUAAUCAGUGUUUUCAAACCAUGUGUAUUUUGAUUGUAUUUUCUGAUGUAUUUAAAAAUUGAAGAAGUAUAUUAUUGUUAAUUUUUAGAUUUAUAUAAAAUGGGUGUUCUUGGAUAACCCAAAACUAAUUGGUAAUAGGAGUAACUCCAAAGCUUAUAAAAUGAUUCAGUCUCUUCUUUUUCUCAGUCAUAUGUAAUAAUCAAUGUAAUUUAACAAUUGUAGGUUAAAGUUUUGUAUUGACAAAUAGUAUAAAAGAGUUAGAAGGAACAAGAAAAAGACAAGACAGAGUGAAUAAAUCUAUCGCUCCCGGGUAGUGAGUUAAAGCAAGUGACUUGGCAGGUGAAGUUGACUCAGAAGUCACCACCAAACGUUUGGAAAAGAUGAUUGGGGGAGACCCAGUUGCAUCUGUAGGGAAGGCGCUACGAACAAAUGAUCAGAGGAAAAAUGAAGGUGCAGUUACAAGUCACCAGGUUUCUCUUUCCAUUAUUCCUCCGACUUCUCUUGGUCUGCAACUUAAUGAAACAAGACAAAAUUUCUUGAGAUAUGGAUUGCCCCUCUACCAAGCUGCUCUGGAAGGUGAUUGGGAGACGGCAGAGCAGAUUUUCAAGGAAGCUCCAAACUGGAUAAUAGCACCAAUCACAAAACGAAACGACACCACUCUUCACAUUGCAGCAGCUGCAAGACACCUUGAUUUUGUGAAAAAUCUAGUAGACCUCAUCUCUAAAGCAAAUUAUCAUCUUGAAUCACGUACCAGUCUUGGAAAUACAGCCUUUUGCAUGGCAGCAUCAUCUGGUAUUGUAAAGAUUGCACAAGUGAUGGUGGAGAAAAAUAGAAGCAUACCAGAUAUUAGAGGCAGUAGUAAUAUGACACCUCUGCAUAUGGCAAUCCUUCUUGGUCACAGAGACAUGGUGAGAUAUCUUUUGAAGGUAACAAAUGAUAGCCUGUUGAAUGAUGGUGAUCGCAUUGAGAUGCUAACAAGUGCUAUUGAAGCUGGUCUAUAUGAUGUAGCACUUCAUUUCAUUGAUGAACAUCCUCAUUUGGCUGUGGAACGCAAUCUAAAUGGAGAAACUGUUCUGCACAUUCUUGCUCGAAGGCCUUUACAGAACUGUGCUAGCAAGCAAAGCAUAUGGGGAAAUUUUGUUAAUCGAUGCACUAACAUGAACAAAGAUGAAAGCAAGCAGCAGUUGGAACUUGCACUUCAAGUGACUCAGAGAGCAUGGAUUGAAGUGAUCAAGAAAGAUGAAAAUGAGAUCUCAGAUCUGAUUGGAUACCCAUCGCGAAUAUUGUUUGUUGCAGCUGAAAUGGGGAAUGUUGAUUUCCUUAUUACACUAAUCCUUUCAUAUCCUGAUGUGAUAUGGAAAGUUGAUGAAAAAAAUAGGAGUAUAUUUCAUAUUGCUAUUAAAUGUCGACAUGAAGAGAUCUUCAAGCUCAUACAUGAAAUUGGAGCCAUCAAAGAUUUGAUUGCCUCUUACAAAGAUACGGAACGGAAUAACAUGUUACAUUUAGCUGCAAAGAUUGCACCUCCUGAUAGACUCAACUGUGUUUCUGGUGCUGCUUUACAAAUGCAACGUGAGCUAUUGUGGUUUGAGGUUGUAAAAAAUGUUGUCCAACCCCAUUAUGCUGCGGCUAAAAACAAAUCAAAAGUGACUUCCCAAGAUGUUGGGAAUACAAGCAAAUCUGGGAAGACCCCCCAAGCUCUAUUCACUGAAGAACACAAGGACUUACGAAUACAAGGAGAGGCAUGGAUGAAGAAGACAGCAGAAUCAUGUACUCUAGUAGCAACACUUAUUACAACGGUAGUUUUUACAGCAGCAUUUACCUUACCUGGUGGUAAUGAUGAGAGCAAUGGAUUUCCAAUUCUAUUAAGUGAAAUAUCCUUUAAGGUCUUUGCAAUAUCGAAUGCAAUUUCGUUAUUUGCUGCCUCAACAUCCAUAUUGAUGUUUCUAUCCAUCCUGACAUCGCGAUAUGCAGAAAGUGAUUUUCUUAGGUUACUACCUUUCAAGCUUAUGGUUGGCUUAACAUCUCUGUUUGUCUCCAUAGCAACUAUGAUGGUUGCUUUCACUGCUACAUUUUUCAUCACCUUCCAACGAGAUUCGAUAUGGAUACCAGUGCCUAUUGCUCUACUAGCAGCUAUCCCAGUUUUGCUAUUUGGUUUCCAACAAUAUCCUCUUUUGUGGGAUAUAUAUCGUGCAACUUAUCGAUCUUGGACUUUGUUUCAGCCAAGUCACAAACGGAAGCUUUCCUGGAAAAGUAAAAGGCCAAAGAGAAAAUUGAAUUAGGAGGAAAUAUUAGUAAUCACUUGGUAACCUACUGCAUAAUAACAGGGAAUAUCCAAAACAUGAUGCAUUCUUUUUAAAUUUUUGUUGUAUUUGUUAGCCUUAUUAUUAUUGAGAAUAUCCAAAACAGGAUGCAUUCUUUUUAAAUGAUUGACAUUCUUCUUUAAAAUAUGUCCCACAAUUUUGCA